AUGCAAGCCGCGCCGCAGGACGAUGGCCGCGAGCACGAGAAGCCGUGCCUCAGCGAGUCCCGCGCGGCGAAGCUGGUGGAGCGCCUCUACGGGGUGAGCGUGACGGGGAUGAGCCCGCUGGCGAGCUACGUCGACCAGAACUACCGCGUGCUGGCGCGCGACGGUCGCCAGUUCGUGCUCAAGGUCACCAACACGCGGGACAGCCAGCGGCCGCAGCUGCUCGAGGUGCAGAUGGCCAUGAUGAGGUUCCUGCGGGAGAGGGGCUUCCCCAUGCAGGAGGUGGUGGACAACGUCAGCGGGAAGAUCAUGUCGCUCGAGAGCAUCGCACCACGCAGCAGCCUGUGA